GUGUGUGUCUGUUUUUUCAUCCGAAUCACAUUUUUGAAUCAUCCGAUAUAACGUAUUGCCAAUGUGGUUAUUUGUUGAUGAUGAUAUAACCAUUACCUUUAUUCACUCUGGAAUUUUGUUUGAAUUUUUGCAUUCAAGAAUCAUUCUUUUCUUUUUCAUUGACCGUUUUUUGUGAUUUGAAUUAUAAAGAUUAUAAUAUACAUUCCAUUUAGUCAUUGCAAAUUCCUAUUAUCCAUCGAAUAUCUACAAAAAAAAACAUUCCUCGUCAUCAACAACAUCAAUGCAGGAUAUUUGUAUAAAAAGUUUAUAAAUAACAUGAUGAAAAUUGGACAAAAAUUCAAUAAUUAAAUGAUGCGUCUACAGCAACAGCAUUUCACACCAAGAACAACAACAGUGUCUCAACAACAACCACCACCACUAUCCAAUACAUCACCAUACGUCAAUUCAUCUUCAUCAUUAUUAUUGAAAAAGAAUAAUGUUGUAGAAUUAGAUUCUAGUUAUAGUACGAAUGGAAGCUCAAAAUCAACAAGUUCAACAUCAGCCAUUAUUAUACAACCGAAUGCAGCUAGUAGUAGUACAUCACAGCCUGAUUCAUCUUCUUUGUUUUUAGUGACCGGUAGUGGUGAACAAACGGCUAGAAAAAUUACAUCACAUUCUAAUCAGCAAGAAAAAUUUUCGAAACAUCCAAUGAAUUCAACUGCAAUAUCAACGUUGCAACGUUUUCAACAACAACAACAACAACUAAUUGGUACGCCUACUGGUUCAAAUCGUCGUACCACAAUGUAUAGACUAAGUUCAUUCAAUGAAUCCUCAUCAUCAUCAUCACCACCACCACCACUGCCAACAUUAUCAUCAUCGACAAACAAUGGAGGCGUAACGAAUGAACUUCCAUUAAUGACACCGACAUAUGAAUCGAUUGAUGUGCAUAAUUUAAUCGAUUCUCAUCAUUCAACGUUUCAUGAUCCAACAACAACAUCGGCAACAAUAGCGGCUAGUGCUGCUGUUUAUGUUGAUUCUAGUCAAGGAACAAGCGAUGGUGGCCAUGAAGAAUCGAAUGGUUGUAUGUCGGAUAAUCCAACGGUUACUGUACCAGAUAAUCAUCGUUUAUAUCCUGGAGCCAAUGGUAGUCAACAUCAUUAUUAUAGCCGAACAGCAAGUUCAAUAAUGCCUAUGAGCGGUAUAAUGACACCGUUAGCAUUUACACAUCAUCAUCAUCAUAAUCAUAAUCACCAUUAUCCACUUGCAUCAACCGGAGGCGGUUAUUUGACACGUUCAUCACAUUAUUAUUAUCAUCAUCCGGAUUAUUAUUAUUAUGGAUCACAAACAAAUGCAUCAAAUACAUCACCACCAUUAUUAUAUGGUCGUGAUAUUGAUGGUAGUGGAAGCUCAUCACUCCGUCCAUUAUCAUCAUUCAACAAGGAUGAAGAUUUUGAUAUAUUCAACGCUAUAUUUGCCUUGAUUUCACUUAUGUCACAUUGUUGCUGUUCCGGAUCGACAUUUAUAUUGGCAUAUUUCUUAUGGCGUCAUGAACAGGAUAUGCUAUUAUUUUGGCUAACCAUUUUUGCUACUGUGGUGCCAUCCAUUAUCGUCAAUGUUAUCUCACUGAAAUGGUUAUUGAAUGACAAUCAUCGACAACAACAUGAAAAAUAUCAUCAACAACAGAAUAAUAAUAAUAAUAAUAAUUCGAAUGGAACAACGGCUGAACCAUUUCUAUUACGAAGGCCAGAAAUUGGACCAUGUGGUUGGAUGUUUCGAAUAUUAUUACACAUUAUUUUAUUGGGACCAGUACUAAGAUAUAUCGAACUAUUACGAUAUGGUGUUAAAAGUUGGUCGGAUAAACGUCGUCGUGUUGAUUAUCAACAACAGAAUGGUCAAAAAGAUGGUGGAUGGUCAACAUCAUCAUCUACGGCAUUGCCAUCAUUAUCAACCACAUUGCCUAGACCUCGUUUUCAAUCAUCCAUUGGUCCAGGUGGUUUACCCGAUUUUGAACCAGCACGAAAGUCGGCUAGUCAUGAGAAAUCUUCAUUUAAUCGUAUCGAUUAUUAUCUAUUAACGGUGGCCGAAGAUCGUGACACUUCAUUGCUAAGUUUGUUUCAAUGUUUAAUGCAAUGUACAAUACAAAUGACAUUGCAUCUACAUUCACUUAUUUCACAUUGGUAUUUUGAGCAUCAUCAUCAUCUCAAUAAUUACAAUCACAAUUAUACAGAAUAUGUUCAGAUGACCGUGAUCUUUUUGGCACUGUUUGAAACCUCUUGGUCAAUCAGUUCCUAUCAUCGAGCCUUACGUCGAGCUUCAUAUGAUAAACGUAAUCUAUCAGCCUUUGGUACAAUUAUACAAUCAUUUUGGCAUGGAUUAACAUUGGCAUCCAGAUUACUGGCCAUUUCAUUGUUCCUACAUCAAUUCGGUUAUUGGUUAUUACCGAUUGGAAUCGGUCAUUGGGGCAUAAUGACCAUAUGGAUAAUGCAUCAGGGAACACAUUUCUUUGAUUCAGAACUUGGCCGACCAAAUCCUUGUCAAGAAUACAUGUUCAACAUGCUUAUCGGGUUAAUUUAUUUAUUCAUAUUCAUCAAUCUAAAAGACGAACCAACUCGUUAUAAAUAUUUUGCAUUUUAUACUGUAAUUAUGGUCGAAGAUUUUACAUUUGCUGCACUUUGGUUUUUGCGUAUAGAAACCGAUUAUUUUUGGUCAUUACGUUCAUUGUUGUUUAUUGCCGUACCAAUAUUAUUCAUUGCAAGCAUUCUAGUCAUGCAAUUCUAUUAUUGGUUCGUACAUCCAAAUGGACGUCCAUUGAUUGUCAAUAAAGCAGCUAGAUGUUGUUGAUAUGCAUACAAUCAAAGUUGAUAUGGAAAAAAAUGACAAAUGACACUCCAGUGAGAUACA